UGGAGCUGGAAGAGGCAAAGGAAGAAGAAAGAGAAGGACAGGGGGAAAGUAGGAAGAGAGGGGCAGUGCCCCCCCUCCCCGCCCUGGGGGCAUCAUGCCAACUGCCACAGCAAAAGUGGCAACACGGUUGGCCCAGGGGGUCACGGCCAAAAGGGCAGCCGUGGCAUUGCUGGUGGCAGCGUAUGGCGCCAAGAAGCUGUACCCCAUCUUGCGGCGGCAGUGGGCGAGCUCAGACCUCCAGGUCAACUCUAACCCAACGAGACCCCCUCACCCUGGUGAGCCGUCGACCAAAUGGGGGGCCCUAGAAGAGGCGGCCGCAUCCCAGCCUGGGGUCAACAAGGUGUUCUUCCUUCGCCUCUUGCGCCUCCUGCGGCUGCUGUUCCCUGGGCUGCUGUGCCAGGAGACGGGACUCCUGGCCUUGCACUCAGCCGCCCUCGCCAGCCGCACCUUCCUCUCCGUCUAUGUGGCCCAGCUCGAUGGGCGCUUGGCCCGCUGCAUCGUCCGCAAGAACCCACGAGACUUUGCAUGGCAGCUUUUCAAGUGGCUGCUCAUCGCCCUCCCAGCCACCUUUGUCAACAGUGCCAUUCGUUACCUGGAGGGGCAGCUGAGCCUGGCCUUCCGUGGGCGGUUAGUGGACCAUGCCUAUCAGCUGUACUUUGAGGGCCAGACUUAUUACCGGGUCAGCAACAUGGACGGACGCCUGCGCAACCCAGACCAGUCUCUCACGGAAGAUCUGGUGGCCUUUGCAAGCUCUGUGGCCCACCUUUAUUCGAACCUGACCAAGCCCGUGCUUGAUCUCAUUGUGACUUCCUAUACCCUUGUCAGUUCAGCCAGAUCCAAAGGGGCUGACACAGCCUGGCCCUCAGUAAUCGCCGGGCUAGCGGUCGGCAUCACUGCCAAGGUGUUGCGUGCCUGUUCGCCAAAGUUUGGACAGCUGGUGGCCGAGGAAGCCCGCCGGAAAGGAGAGCUGCGGUACAUGCAUUCCCGAGUGGUGGCCAACUCUGAAGAGAUUGCCUUCUAUGGAGGUCACAAGGUGGAGCUGUCCCUUCUACGGCGCUGCUACCAGGAUCUGGCCUCCCAGAUCAAUGUGUUGCUCCUCGAGAGGCUCUGGUAUGUCAUGCUGGAACAGUUCCUCAUGAAGUACGUGUGGAGCGCUGCUGGGCUGGUCAUGGUGGCUGUGCCAAUUAUCACGGCCACAGGCUACUCUGAGACAGACUCGGAGGCAGUGAAGCAAGCUGCUUUGGAAAUGGAGGAGCAGGAGCUGGUGAGCUUAAGGACAGAAGCCUUCACCACCGCCCGGAAUCUGCUGAUGGCAGCAGCGGAUGCAACCGAGAGGGUCAUGUCCUCCUACAAAGAGGUGACUGAGUUGGCUGGAUACACUGCACGAGUAUAUGAGAUGUUCCAAGUGUUUGAAGAUGUGACAUCUUGCAACUUCCGGCGUCCUGGAGAGCUUGAGGAAAAGCAGGCUCAUGCUGGGACAGUGAUGCGGCAUGGCGUGCGUGUAGAAGGACCGCUCCAAAUACGAGGGCGUGUUGUUGAUGUGGAUAAUGGAAUUAUCUGCGAAAACAUCCCUAUCAUCACUCCCACAGGAGAUGUAGUAGUCGGCAGCCUCAAUAUCCGUGUGGAGGAGGGAAUGCACCUGUUGAUCACAGGCCCCAAUGGCUGCGGGAAGAGCUCCUUAUUCCGGAUCCUAGGGGGGCUCUGGCCGACCUACGAAGGUGUCCUCUACAAACCACCCCCCCAUCGUAUGUUCUACAUUCCACAGAGGCCAUACAUGUCUGUGGGCACCCUGCGGGACCAGGUCAUCUACCCAGACACAGCAGAGGAUAUGGCACAGAAAGGAAAGACGGAUGCUGACCUUGAGCGUAUAUUACGCAUUGUCAACCUGAUCUAUAUUGUGCAGCGAGAGGGAGGCUGGGAAGCAGUCAGCGACUGGAAGGACGUGCUCUCAGGUGGCGAGAAACAGCGAAUGGGGAUGGCUCGGAUGUUCUACCACAGGCCAAAAUAUGCUCUGCUGGAUGAAUGCACCAGUGCGGUCAGUAUCGAUGUAGAAGGCAAGAUCUUCCAAGCAGCAAAGGAUGCCGGGAUAGCACUGCUCUCCAUCACCCAUCGACCUUCGCUAUGGAAGUACCACACCCAUCUCCUGCAGUUUGAUGGAGAAGGGGGUUGGCGUUUUGAAAAAUUGGACCCCGCGGCCCGCCUGUCCCUGCGGGAGGAGAAGCAACGCCUGGAGCAGCAACUGGCUGGGGUGCCCGAAAUGCAGCACCGCCUCAGCGAACUCUGUCAAAUCCUGGGCGAAGACACCGCCUCUGAGGCAGUGGGACAGGUCUGAGAUGGAUGGGGGGAGCACCCUGAGGCACCCCCAUCCCCUUCCUCAGCCAGGAGCUCUCAGAGGGAUUCCCGGCUGCCGUGCUCUCGUCUCAGAGAGCCAGCGAUCCUCCCUGCGAAUGAAGGAGUUGUCCGCUUUUUGUCCCAGCCGGGGGACUGCUUACUGGUGGCACCCAUUCCCUGUGCACUUUAAUAGCCACCUCUGACACUCCCUUGCCUCGUGGUAGGCCUCGAGGGAGGGAAGGAGGGAAGGGGUCGCCCCAUACUGCCAAGUGUUUUGAUGUCUGCCCGUCCCUGUGGGAGAUUACCUCCCGAACCCACAGUGCCUGAUUACCCCAAGAGAUCAUCACUCGAAAACUCCUCACAGGUGUGAAUUGUGCUGCACUUCCACUGCCAGUCUCUGUUGUCCUCUGUGGUUGCUGAUGUCUUGGGGUGAGCCAUCUCAGCCACCUCAUGAGCCUGGGGGCUUCAGCUGCAACACUCGGUCUCCUUUCUUCACAAAACCAGCCGCACAAAUAUUUUCUAUGAACCAAAGCCAUGAAUGUAGCUCUUGUAACUCUUUCCUUUCCGUCCCUUCCUUGUCUCCAUGGUUGAGCUGCUGCACUCGUUUGGGCAGUGCCAGGCCCAGAACCUCCGGUCCCAAGAGUGCCAUUCGAGGGAAAUGUGCCUCCUUGGGGAGGAAGUGGGGGAGGCUCUUUGGCAGGCUAGUAGAUUUUGGCUGAGUCCUGUAAAAACCUUGGUGUUCCUCAGAAACUUAAGGAGGAGGAGAUGGGUGACGCAAGACCAGCUGGCCAGGAGACAACGUGUCUCCAUUGAUCAGUCAUCCCACAGAUCUGUUUCACUUUCAACUCCCUCAUUCUUGGGUGCCAUAAUCCAGAUCUUCUAGCACUCCAUGCAAACUGGGAGGGUGUACUUUGUUGAAACCGAGACUUCUUUGCCCUCCGCAGGGAUCCCACAGCUGACCCCCCACGGCUUCCGCAGC